CGUUAAUGUUGGACAAACCAUAAACACGCAACAAUAAUUUGUUUUAUUUUUAUAGCAUCUUACAAUAUCUAAGAUGAAACGCUCAAGAACAGCAUUGCUUGCUGUUAUCUUCUUUGUCAUCAUCAUAUGGGAAUCAAACUCUUCACUGGCAUAUUACGAGACUUUCACACAAUGCCUAACCACAAAUUCCGACCCCAAACAUCCCAUUUCCCCGGCCGUGUUAUACGCCGGAAACCGCUCCUACUCCUCUGUACUAGAAGCCAACAUCCAUAACCUCCGCUUAAACAGCUCCACAACUCCGAAACCCUUCCUCAUAAUCGCCGCAACACACGAAUCACACGUUCAAGCCGCGGUUACCUGUGGCAAACGCCACAACCUUCAGAUGAAAAUCAGAAGUGGCGGCCACGACUACGACGGCUUGUCCUACGUUUCGUAUUCUGGCCAUCCAUUCUUUGUCCUCGACAUGUUUAAUCUCCGGUCGGUUGAUGUUGACCUAGCGAGUAAAACCGCGUGGGUCCAAAGCGGUGCCAUUCUCGGAGAGGUUUAUUACCAUAUAUGGGAGAAGAGCAAAACGCUAGCUUAUCCCGCCGGGGUUUGUCCGACGGUUGGUGUAGGCGGCCAUAUUAGCGGCGGAGGGUACGGUAACAUGAUGAGGAAGUACGGUCUCACCAUCGAUAAUACUGUCGAUGCAAGAAUGGUUGACGUCAAUGGAAAAAUUUUGGAUAGAAAGUUGAUGGGAGAGGAUCUCUUCUGGGCUAUCAACGGAGGAGGAGGAGGAAGCUUCGGCGUCGUUUUAGCCUACAGAAUAAACCUCGUCGAAGUCCCUGAAACCGUCACCGUUUUCAGAGUCACCCGGACGUUGGAGCAGAACGCGACGGAGAUUGUUCACCGGUGGCAACAUGUCGCGCCAGAUCUUCCAGACGAGAUCUUCAUACGAACAACCAUGGAAGUUGUAAACGGCACCGUUUCUUCACAAAAGACUGUCAGGGCAACAUUCUUAGCUUUGUUCCUCGGGGACGCAUCCACGCUUUUGUCGAUACUAAACCGGAGAUUACCAGAACUAGGUCUGGUCCGGUCCGACUGUACCGAGACGAGCUGGAUCCAAUCAGUGCUUUUCUGGACUAAUGUCCAAGUGGGUACGCCGGAGAAAGUUCUGCUGGAGAGGAAUAAAAUCUUGAGGUAUCUCAAGAGGAAAUCGGAUUUCGUUCUUGAACCGAUCUCAAGAACCGGUUUAGAUUCGAUUUGGAGGAAGAUGAUCGAGCUUGAGACUCCGACGGCUUUAGCUUUCAAUCCAUACGGAGGCAUGAUGGCUAAGAUAUCGCCGACGGCUACUCCGUUCCCAUACAGAGCAGGCAACCUCUGUAAGAUUCAGUACUUUACUGAUUGGAGAGACGAUAGAUUAACAAACCGGUACAUGGAACUGACGAGGAAGUUGUACCGGUUCAUGACUCCUUUUGUUUCCAAGAAUCCGAGACAGUCAUUUUUUAAUUAUCGGGAUAUUGAAUUGGGAACCAAUUCUCACAAAAUCAGGAGCUAUGUUGAAGGUAAACGAUACGGGGAGAAAUAUUUCGCCGGAAAUUUCGAGAGGUUGGUGGAGAUCAAGACUAGAGUUGAUAGUGGUAACUUCUUCAGGAAUGAAAAUAGUAUUCCUGUGAAACCAUAUUUCAGUAGUUGAUUAGUGAAACUGCUAUUGUGUAAUGAUUGUUCGCAAGUCUUGUAUGUUUUCAAAGCAUAAGUGGUCUGACGAAUAAAAAUCUGAUACAUGGCA